GCAGGCGAGGAGCAGAGCUGGUGCAAGAGGGAGACCUGCCUGUGCGACAGGGCCGUGGCCUCCUGCUUCGCCAGCACCUUGGCUUCCUACAACGGGUCCUACCGCUUCUACCUGAAGCUGAAGUGCCGAGGGAGCACGCUGCAGUGCUGA